AUGAACGCCCCAUCCACUCCGGGUUCGUCCAAGGCCGCCGACACCAAUGGCGUGGGCGCUCAGGCCGGCUUCCGGCCCCAAGGGCCCAUGGUCGUCCAGCCGCCCCGCCAGGAGGACCUGCAGAAGAGCUAUGCCAGCAUCGUCGGAACCGACGCCGAUGCCAAAGGCUGGUAUGGAAGCAUGAUCAACACCCUCGGCUCCUGCAUGGGAACCCUGGGUGCGAUCCCAUGCUGCAUCUGCUGCCCCAACCCGUAUAAGAACGUCAGCCAGGGCAACGUCGGCCUGGUCACCAAGUUCGGCAAAUUCUACAAGGCAGUCGACCCCGGCCUGGUUAAGAUCAACCCCCUGUCCGAGCGCCUCAUCCAGGUCGAUGUCAAGAUCCAGAUCGUCGAGGUCCCCAAGCAAGUGUGCAUGACCAAGGACAACGUCAACCUCCACCUUACCAGUGUCAUCUAUUACCACAUCGUCAGCCCGCACAAGGCCGCCUUUGGCAUCACCAACGUCCGCCAGGCCCUGAUCGAGCGUACUCAGACCACCCUGCGCCACGUCGUCGGAGCCCGUGUUCUCCAGGAUGUCAUCGAGCGCCGCGAGGAGAUCGCCCAGAGCAUUGGCGAGAUCAUCGAGGACGUCGCGGCCGGCUGGGGUGUCCAGGUUGAGUCGAUGCUCAUCAAGGAUAUCGUCUUCAGCCAAGAGCUGCAGGAGUCGCUGUCUAUGGCUGCUCAGAGCAAGCGUAUCGGUGAAAGCAAGAUCAUCGCCGCCAAGGCUGAGGUCGAAAGCGCCAAGCUCAUGCGUCAAGCCGCCGAUAUCUUGUCCUCUGCACCAGCCAUGCAGAUCCGCUACCUCGAAGCUAUGCAAGCCAUGGCCAAGUCGGCAAACUCCAAAGUUAUCUUUUUGCCAGGGGCGCAGUCUUCUUCUGCAACGGCCGGGUUGAACGCCGCCAUCACCGACCCGAAGAACUUCGAACAGGGCGAGGGUAGCGGCAGCGGGAAGAACACCUUCCAGGACUUUGGAGGUCAGGACCCUUCUUUUCAACAGGCCAUGAACGCUCGUGUGAUUGAGAACAUUUGA